AUGGCUGCCCAGUUUCCGGAUCGACCGGCUCCCAGUCAGCAGCGCGACGUCAAGAAUCUGAUCGACAUCCUCACGCGCAUGUAUCCAUGUGGCGAAUGUGCAGCUCACUUCAAGGAGCUUGUAAGGAACAACCCGCCGCGGGUGGCCAGUGGGCCCGAGCUGCAGCAGUACAUGUGCGAGUUACACAACCAGGUCAACCAGCGCCUGCGCAAGCCGGCCUUCAACUGCGCGCUGGCGGGGGCGAGGUGGCGGGCCCUGGACUGCGACGAGGACGGCGUCGCUGCGUGCGCCAUUCAACCGGCAAAUUCGUCGCUUGGCGCACGGCGGUGGCCGUGGUAG